AUGAAGAGAAGACUUGGUCUUUCUAAAUAUUUUUGGGCCUGGACACUCCUUCUGAAUGCCCUGUCUGGAAAAAGCUUUGGGCAAACUUCACUACAAGAUGAAAUUAAAGACAACACCACUGUAUUUACAAGGAUUUUGGAUCGACUCCUAGAUGGAUAUGAUAACCGCCUGAGACCAGGACUGGGAGAGCGUGUAACUGAAGUGAAGACUGAUAUCUUCGUCACUAGCUUCGGACCCGUUUCAGACCAUGAUAUGGAAUAUACAAUUGAUGUAUUUUUCCGUCAAAGCUGGAAGGAUGAGAGACUAAAAUUUAAAGGACCCAUGACAGUUCUUCGGUUAAAUAAUCUAAUGGCAAGUAAAAUUUGGACUCCUGAUACCUUCUUUCAUAAUGGGAAGAAAUCUGUGGCCCACAAUAUGACUAUGCCAAACAAGCUGCUUCGCAUUACAGAGGAUGGCACUUUGCUGUACACUAUGAGAGUUUCUUAUAUUUUGAAGUUCACCCAGAAAUUAAUAGAAACUGUAUUAGCCAACUUCGUGAUUUUAUAUAGAGGAACUAAGAUUCAGAGAGAUGCUUAUACUAGAGCAGAAGUUGUAUAUGAAUGGACACGUGAACCAGCACGAUCUGUGGUGGUAGCAGAAGAUGGGUCACGAUUAAAUCAAUAUGAUCUCCUUGGACAAACUGUGGAUUCUGGAAUUGUGCAGUCUAGUACAGGGGAAUAUGUUGUCAUGACCACCCAUUUCCACUUGAAGAGAAAAAUUGGCUACUUUGUUAUUCAAACAUACUUACCCUGUAUAAUGACUGUUAUCCUCUCCCAAGUUUCCUUUUGGCUCAACAGAGAGUCGGUGCCAGCAAGAACUGUCUUUGGAGUGACAACUGUCCUUACUAUGACCACCCUGAGUAUCAGUGCCAGAAAUUCUCUUCCCAAAGUGGCCUAUGCCACAGCUAUGGAUUGGUUUAUUGCAGUGUGUUAUGCCUUUGUAUUUUCAGCACUGAUUGAAUUUGCCACUGUCAAUUAUUUCACAAAGAGGGGUUAUGCUUGGGAUGGCAAAAGUGUUGUUCCAGAAAAGCCAAAGAAAGUGAAGGAUCCACUCAUUAAGAAAAACAAUACCUAUGCUGCCACAGCAACAAGCUACACUCCUAACAUCGCUCGGGGGGAUCCUGGGUUAGCCACCAUUGCUAAAAGUGCAACAAUUGAACCCAAAGAAGUCAAACCUGAAACAAAACCACCAGAGCCCAAGAAAACUUUUAACAGUGUCAGCAAAAUUGACCGCCUUUCAAGAAUAGCUUUCCCACUGCUUUUUGGAAUCUUUAACCUAGUUUACUGGGCCACAUAUUUAAACAGAGAGCCUCAGCUUAAAGCCCCAAACCCACAUCAAUAG